GUAGGCCCACCAAGAGGGACAGAUCAAACCUCAGCAAGUCGCUGAAGAUGUAGGCCACCAUGGAAGACCUGCCUUGGCCCCGUGGUCAGUGCCAGAGGGCAGGCUGGGAGUGAGCCCGCGCCGUCGGGGGAAGGCUCUGAGCUAGGUCUCGGGGAGUGGUUGCGGGGGAACAGAGUGCCUGAUGUGGGGAGCACAGAUCAAGCUCCGAGGUGAGGAGCUAAUGCUGGAGAUGGGGCUGGACCAGCACGCGCAGGCUGCCCGGGAGAGAGGAGGUCAUCUCAGCCACUCUCCGUGGGAUGUUGAGUGCCUUCUGCAGCCUCGCCAGAUGCCAUCCGCUUGUUCGCCUCCCGUGAGGGGCGCACUCCUGUUCCUCCAGGGAAGCCUGUGGAACUCUGACUUACCUCCUGGAAUUUCCCUCGCUGAACUAAGAUGCCCUUUGAUUCUAUUCAGAGCAAGUCCAGGCCUUCUCCCCAAGAAGGAGCUUCAGAGAUGGGGAUUCAGUGUGCAGUGUGCUCCCAGGUCUGGCCCUGGCCGAGCCCAGAGUGCUCUGUAGGCUCCUUGCUGGACGGCCCGAGCUGUCCCUGCCCUAAGGCAGAGGGUGCAUGAUCCUCUGUUGAUCGCCUGUUCUUCAGGUCCAACCUCAUGGGCACUAAGUUCACCGUUUAUGACAACGGAGUCAACCCUCAGAAGGCAUCAUCCUCUACUUUGGAAAGCGGAGCCCUGCGUCAGGAGCUGGCCGCUGUGUGCUACGAGACAAACGUCUUGGGUUUCAAGGGGCCUCGGAAGAUGAGUGUGAUUGUCCCAGGCAUGAACAUGGUUCACGAGAGAGUCUCCAUCCGGCCACGAAACGAGCAUGAGACGCUGCUGGCACGCUGGCAGAAUAAGAACACGGAGAGUAUCAUCGAGCUGCAAAACAAGACCCCUGUCUGGAACGACGACACGCAGUCCUACGUACUCAACUUCCAUGGGCGCGUCACACAGGCCUCUGUAAAGAACUUCCAGAUCAUCCAUGGCAACGACCGCCUCCUGCCAGACGAACCUUCAGCUCUCAGCGGCUCCCUGGCCCAGCCGGCUCGGACCUGGCUCCCCUGCCUCCACCGCUGAGACAGAGGACUAGGUGGGAGAGGUGUGUGUGUGAAGGGGCCAGCAUGAACUCUUCCUGUGCCCCAAGGUCCGUACGCACACCCCCGCUCUUGAGUUCAUAUCCUGCUGCAAUCGUGUUUGCCACGCUGGGCGGCCUCUUCAGCUGGGAAGGUAGGAAGAAACGUGGGGGGAGAAGAAGCACAGUGCAGGGCUGCUGCGGUCCAGCCAUCCACUCAGUCUAGGAGUCAGGUGACAACCGUUCCCCAACAGUGCAGGGCAUAGUAUGGGUGUGUAUGUGUGUGGUGGGUACAUCGGUUUUACACAAAAGGGCUAGGAUCGGCUUCCAGGCCCUUUGCUAACUCCAGAAAGUCCUCUGACUUCGGAAGGCUUCGGCCAGGCUAGGAGAAGUUAUGGGGGUUUGGGAAAGGUGAGUGGCAACACCUUGUUAGGACUGCGGGGGCCUGGCUACGGCUGUGGGAAUUGGUUGGUGGCCUAGGGUUCCCGUUCAUUUGAUUUCUCUAGGUUUUCUCUGCACAGAGGCACCAGGCGGCCAGAGGUCUUAGAGGCCAGGGCCUGCAGGACCCAGGCUCAGCUUGCAGGAGGUUCACGGACCAGGUUCCCUGGACCGGGGCUAUGUUGGGAGGCCCGUCAGCCCGAGGAGCUUUCUGCUGAGCAGCUCCUGCACAGUGCCCGGGAAACGUGGACAGGGCCGGGGGCCGCAGGCUCAGCGUGCAGCCAGGUAGGCAUGCCUGGGACCGCGGCCAGCAGCGCGCCAGCCCUAAGCCAGGGCGUGGUCCAGGAAGAAAGUCUAGCUCCAGGGGCCCUGGCCUGUGUCUCGCACCCCUUGUGCUCAGCCUAGGUCAUGGCUGCUGAGGACUUCACGCAUGUGGUUCUUCUGGGAUGGGAAUGGGGCAGGGAGUAUAUCAGAACCACGAGAGAGGACAGGUGGCAGGAGCCUUAGAGAUGAACUAGGACAAUGUGUCACGUUAGGUGAAUCCCAUUUAGAAGAUGGACUUGCACCGGUCAACUAGCUGCUCGGUGGCAGAGUUCAGAACUUCCACUCCUUCGAUUUCUUCGUCCCUACCGUCCCCUGAGAAACUGCUCUGGUUCUCUGGCCUUCCUGGGACCCCGGUCCGCACGCCCGCACUCUUUUGCCCGAUUACAGAGAUGUAGAGAUGUUGGACUUGAUGUAUGAAAUUGAAACCGUUUCAGCGGGCAAUUGGGCGGUUCCCUGCUGAAAGCUGGCUUUUUGAACAUCAGUCCGAGCAGGACCGCCCUGCGUCUGGCUUCUCCCCGAGGGCAGGCCCUGCCGAGGCCCUUGCGCCUUCCUCGGUUUGGGUGUGGUGGCUGAGGCGUGUGUGUUCCCGGGCUGGGCCUGAUCUCCACCCUCCUCAGAUGGCACCCCGACCCGGAACACUUGGGAACGCUAAGCCCUUGCCGGACCCUGGCAGAGGCUACUGGCCCAGAUGGAGGUCCGAAAUCAGUGGGAAGUAAGCAGGGGUUGUUCCUCCCUUCAGAGUAGAUGUGCUUAGAAAGGCUGCAUAGAAAUUUUUGUUUUAAGUAAGUCCUACUUGAAUCAUUUGAUUGAGGCUCCGUAGUGAGGGGAGUUGUUUUGACCCAAGUGGAAGUAGGAGUGUGUCCUCGUUUCCUUAGAAGCUCAGAUUUCCUACGUGGAGCGCUCAGAGCAAGGUGCAGCCGUUCUGGCGGGGCUCCGUGCGAGGCCCCUCCACGGGUCCAGUUUCUGGACCACUCUUGGGGUCGUUCUGAGGGCACUAGACUUUUUUAUACUGGGGCCAGUCCACUUUUCCAGUCCUAGUUGGGCUCUUUCUUACCCUUGUGACCGGGAGGAGACCUGCUGACAUUUGGGAUGCUGGAAGCUAGAUGUCUGAAGUCUAGUUUAAGCUGUUUCUCUGGGUCUUGGAUUCUUAAGUAGAAUGGGCUGGUUCGAGAGCCUAGAGGGAGGGAGGGAAGCCGUGUGGAAAAGGCAGAAGCACAAGGGCAAACUCUCGUAGCCUCCAUUCCAUUGACUAUGGGGGGGGGUGGUGGUGGUCAGGAACAUGGCUUCAGCUUCCCAGCCUGAACGUGGGGGAAGGGAGCUCAGCGGCCAAACUCUGUUGGGCACUGAGUGACAAGAGCAGUUGAGUCAGCUGCUCGAGACCCAGCUUCACAAGGUCUGUUCUCAAGACCCCAUUCCUGGUGAUGCUGGUUUCCCUGACCACUGGCCUCCUAGCCAUGGGCCCAAAGACUCAAAAUGCUGCCAAGGCCCCUGGAGACCACCUGGGCUUAGGAUCUCCCGGGGUAAGAGCGCUUGUCCUUCAUACCCUCUACCCAGAUGGGCCUUGAGUGGGCCGGGAACUGGAUGAUGGAAUGAGCAAGCCCUAAGGGUGGUGGGCAGCUGGGACCUCAGGCAGCUCCUGUCACUGCUCCUGGGGCCACACCCUCUUCCCCCAAGCAGCUCUUCCGUCGAGCAGGAUGUUCACUUCCCCACUCUUCUCCAAUUCUAGCUUCUCUUUCCUUCUGGCUCCAAGGUGCUCUGUGUCUGUCUGCGUGUCUGUCUGUGUGUAUUUGGGGAAAAGGGCAAUCUGCAAAUCACCAACUGAGGUUUCUUACUAUGAUCAUGUCUAAAGAUGAGUAGGAAAGGAAUAAGGAUAUUAUGAUCACCUGUGGAUUUUGUUCGUUCAUUUCAUGCUCUUUGGUCAGAAAGUAAACCUGGGAAAGUACCAGGUCUUUCUUGGGAGAAAGAUUAGGAGGAUACCAUCUAAGAAAUUUUAGUUUUUCAGUUCCAUUUUGCAUUACCUGAAGAAAUUGAUAUGUGACAUGCAGGCUUUUGGAUGAUGAACAUAUUCUAGUGAAUGUGCCUUAAAAAUCACGACACUAGUUCAGAAGGAGCAGGUAAGGUCCAGACACAUGCUGCAGACAGGUGCUAGAAGCCAGCGAGUGUGAAAAUUUGGAGUCUGUGUCCUUCAGUGACCAAAAGGGCAACAAAAUUACAGAAGCAGAAGCUCGUCUUUGGUCUGGAAAUAGAGUAUUUACCUCUGAGGAAGUUUACGUUUAGAGGAAAUUCUAAAUUUAACAAGCAGCAGUAAUGAUUUCAAGCCUAAUAAGGACGUGCUUUCCUCCCAGCGGGGUCUGCGGGGAGGGGAGCCGCCGGGCUGGCCGUGGCUCUGUUCUGCAAGCACAAACUCCCAGCCGGAGUCCCUGGUGUCCCCGCACCGCAGCAGCCCUGGCCUUCCCCUCGCCAGCACUCUCUGCCCCAGCUGGGCUCUACAUGUGACCUCAGGAUACCAGGUGGCCCUCAGAGCACACUUUUCCAGAGAGCCCGAAGGGUCUGCUGUGUCGUGGGGCCCAGCGUCGAACGGCAGCGGCCCCCAGGAACAGGCCAGGGCUCGGGCUCGGGUUCGUACUGGUUCCCUGUCGUUCUGUACCUCCAGUUUGCAAUCUUGUCGUCUCAGGAUCUGGGGGGCGAGGCACAGCAGAAGUGUGGGCAUAGAUUAGUUUCCUGACCAAGGUGAGAGGCACGUCGGUCUUCUAGAGAGCACUGCUGCACUUAGCUGUGUGAUUCGGAGCGAAGCACGUGAUUCUCCUAGGUGGUUUUCUCAUCCGCACACUGAGGAGGCUGGGCUGUCAAAGCUGUCAGUAAGAAUCAGGGUGAAUGAAAACUGGAUCCUUGCUUUCAUCACUACCUUUUCUGGUUCAUCACUGUGCCUUUUUUCUUUCCUCAGAAACAUGUCACACCCGUCCCUCUCUUCUGUUCGACUGCCCCUCUCCCUUCCCCCAUCAAGGUCCAGGCAGAGCUGCAGAUGAGGCCAAGAGCCAGAGUUCCCCAGAGCGUAAUUUCGAGUGGCUUAGAAAGGGAAGCCUGCCUCUGGCCUCCUGAAUCCUGCAGCGUUUCAGAGGGGACUUGGUCAGGAUGGGCGGCACUUCUCUUGCUGGGAGCAUCCAUUUAGCCAGUUUUCCUAACGCCUAGAAUGUGUAUGUCCAUUUGCACAAGAUUGUCUUUUCCUGUUCUGGAGUGGUCAUUUUAUUUUUGUUCCAAAUUAUCUGGAGUUUUAGACAAACUUGCAAAACUGUGCUUUUAUUAAGUGACUUUUUGAAUAAACUCUUUGGUAUUCUUGA